UACCACAGGGGGCCUAUUCUGAAAAAAAAUUUUAGCACAUGUCAUAAGCAUUUAUCACAUCUAAAGUGAUUAAUUCUGUGGUAAACUGAAGUGACAAACUGAUUUACCACAAAAUUUUUUUUCAGAAUAGGCCCCCAGGUCCACAGUCCGCUGUUUCGUUGUGUUUGAAUUCUGUAUUAGCACCAUGGAGACUGUAUACAGUCUUCAUGAUUAGCACUGAAAAUUACACGAGUAAGGUUAAGUUAUCAUGUGUUUUUUCGGCAUGCCGCAGUGUAAUUAGCUGAGUUCCACAUGUUUGAAAGAUAUAUAAGAGACGCUCUUUAUAACAAAAAUUAUUGUGAUAUUUGUGAUAUUAUCGAAUGAUAGUCCAAUGAACAAUGUCUUUGAAAGAAGCUAAAGAAAAAUUCAAAGCUCUGUUUGCAUCUGUUGACAAGAAGAACAAAGUCAAGUUCAUCGACUUUGUCUAUGAACAAUUAGUAUCUUGCAAUAAUUUAGGGGAACCCUAUGAAGAUGAGGAUUCUGAAAAACAUGAAGGUUUAUUGGAUGAUCCUAUAUCUACAUUAAAUAAUAUUGCUGAAGAGAUAAAGAAAAAAGUUCCAGUGAGUGCUAUUCUUUCAUCAGAAAAAAUUUCACCACCAAAAACUGGACAGAAUGCUGAUUGUCUUUCUGAUAUAACAGUGCAUGUUGAUGAGUUUUUGUAUGAUGAUGAUGAUAUUGAAGAUCUUGCAGAGGAUGGCAAACUCAAGAGAAAUUAUUGCAUGGACUGUGGAUCGAAAAAUAUUGAACCUUUGAUAUUCAUAUCUCACUCCAUGUCAAGAAAAUCAGUAUACUAUGUGUUCAAUGACUGCCUGCCCACAUUGGAAAACAAAAUUGUAUUAGACGUUGGGUCCAGAUUAGGAGUUGUUUUAUAUGGAGCUUACGUCCUUACCGAUGCGUCGCAAAUAAUCGGCGUAGAAAUGAACGAGGAUCUGUGCAAGCUGCAACGUGAAAUAAUCGAAAAAUAUAAGAUGCAAGAUAGGAUAGAAGUCAUGUGCAAAAAAAUCGAAGAGUCCGAUGAUGUUGUCAAAAGUGCCGACGUGAUCGUCAUAAAUAACGCGUUUGAGUUCUACGUAACGGACGAGAAGCAAGUCGAGAUAUGGCAGUUUCUCAAAAGUAAUAUCAAAAGCAAAUGUAUUUUGGUGACACGGCCACAUCUCGAGACGACGUUCGAAAAUCUCGAUACCGGUAUUAAUUUGAAAACCUGGGUGAAACCUUACAGGUUGAAUGGCGAAGAAAUCGCUACUUCCAACGAGGAAGAAUUCUGUGAUCUCAAUUUCUACGAGAUUUUAUAAUUGUCAUACGGUAUUCACACACAGCCGCAUACGUAUCAUGUUAUAGUCGUAUGAUCGUCAGUUUAUACACACAUAUAUAUAUAU